GACCGUUGCGACCCGCCAUUAAAACAGAAGAACAACAACAACAACAUCUUCCUUCGAGUGAAUUCAGCUACAGGAGAGAAACGUGGAGGGAAAUCGCAGCAUUGCUGCUUCAACUUGAUGAGAUUUCACGCACUGAACCUUCACUGACAAAAUGGCUUCCAGAUUAGCGGACGAUCUCUGCUGUCCGGUCUGUCAGGACGUCUUCAGAGAUCCUGUUCUUCUGUCGUGUAGCCACAGCUUCUGUAAAGGCUGUCUGAGGAGAUGGUGGAGAGAGAAGCAAUCACGGGAGUGUCCAGUUUGUAAGACUGUAUCUUCAAGGGAUAAACCACCUUGUAACCUGGUGUUAAAGAACCUGUGUGAGGCCUUUUUGCUGGAGAGAGAUCGAGGAGCUUCCGAGGGUAUCUGCAGUCUGCACUCUGAGAAACUCAAACUCUUCUGUCUGGACCAUCAGCAGCCAGUGUGUCUCAUCUGCAGAGAUUCAGAAAAACACAGCAACCACAGAUUCAGACCCAUCGAUGAAGCUGCACGACAACACAAGAAGGAACUUCAGGAAACUCUGGAGCCUGUAAAGAAGAAGUUAAAGGUUUGUGAACAAGUUAAAGUGAAGUUUGAUCAAACAGCAGAACACAUUAAGGUCCAGGCCCGACACACAGAGAGGCAGAUUAAGGAGCAGUUUAAGAAGCUUCACCAGUUUCUAUAUGAGGAAGAGGAGGCCAGGAUGGCUGCACUGAGGGAGGAAGAGGAGCAGAAGAGUCAGAUGAUGAAGGAGAAGAUGGAGGCUCUGAGCAGAGAGAUAGCAGCUCUUUCAGACACAGUCAGAGCCACAGAGGAGGAGCUGAGAGCUGAAGACGUCUCAUUCCUGCUCAGCUACAAAGCUGCAGUGGAAAGAGUCCAGCAGCGCCCCCUGCUGGAUGAUCCACAGCUGCCCUCAGGAGCUCUGAUAGACCAGGCCAAACACCUGGGCAACCUGACCUUCAACAUCUGGAACAAGAUGAAGGACGUGGUCUCCUACACUCCUCUGAUUCUGGAUCCAAAGACUGUUUAUCCAACACUCAUCCUGUCAGAAGAUCUGACCAGUGUGAGGGGAGAUGAGAGACAUCAGCUUCUUGUCAAUCCAGAGAGUUUUGAUGAUUUCUGCUGUGCCCUGGGCUCUGAGGGCUUCAACUCAGGGACUCACAGCUGGGAUGUCGAGGUUGGAGACAGUGCAGGAUGGUCACUGGGUGUGUUAGAAGAGUCUUUCCAGAGGACAGGAUACGCACUGCCUGGACUAUGGACAUUAAGGUUUGAUGUAUAUAAAUAUUCAGCACACUCACCGGCUUCAUGCACAGUUCUCCAAGUGCAGACGAAGCCCCAGAGGAUCAGAGUGAAUCUGGACUGGAACAGAGGAGAGCUGUCGUUCUCUGAUCCUGAUACUAACACACACAUACACACCUUCACACACACUUUCACUGAGAGGAUGUUUCCGUACAUUUUCACCAUGGAUAAACUGAAGAUAUCACCACUGAAGAUCUCUGUGACAGUGGAACAGAGCAGUUAGAGAUAAAGAGGAUGAUUAUAUUCAUGUUGUUUGUUGCCUCAUUUUUUAUUGAUAUUAUGUCAUUUUGAAUUGUUCUGUUUUUAUUAUUUUGACGUGUGUGUGUGGAGCCAUGAAGACCAGCAAAUAUUUGGUGGAAGGUGAUUGCACUCUAUAAUUUACUCCCAGCUUCCUGUAGUAGCCUCCAAAACGUCCCAACAACCCAAUCAUCACCAAUACAAUUAAUAAUUGGCUUCAUUUCAGAAAACACUACGGUUUAGACAGAGCUUCAAUCCACUCACCAAUCCUAAACAUUGACUUUUUCUCCCUGUACUGUUCAGACCUGCAUUUUCAUAACUGGACCGUUUAUGGCCUUGAACAGUUAGGGUUUUGUUAAAGACCAGUGGGGUAAAAUACUACGUUCACUCUGUUCACCGAUGUUUAAGUGACGUUACAGAUAUCAGCGAUCUGCUGAUCAUUUACAUAUAUUACAGACUUUUGAUCCAAAAUAUCUCAGUUGUUCUACUACAAACACUUUAUAUCGUUUGUUUGUUUGUUGAAUGAUUCAACACAUGGUUUAAAAGAUAAAGAGACUUAUUUAAAAAAGUUACUUAAUAUGCCAACUUUGAUGACAAACAUUUUCUUUUGCUGGAAGUGGACAUGUUUGAUGUGUGUUCACUGUUAAUGUCUCCCUCAGUAUUUUAAUAAAGUCAUUAAUGUGUCACUGUGA